AUGUUCAUUCCCUCUUUUGAGAAAGAUCAAAACAUGAAAAAUGUUAGUCGUUCCAAUUUACCACUAAAGAUAAUAGAUGUGCCGGAUAGAAAGGACUUUCAUGAGAGUGUGAUGAUGCAAAAGAUAAUGAUUUCAUUGAAAGAAGCAGACAGAAACAAAGAUGGUCGCUACAACAAGGAUGAACUGAAGCAUGCCCUCAAAGACUUAGGUGCCUUUUUCCCUGCCUGGAGAGUCCGUCGUGCUUUUAACAAAGUUGAUGUCAACCAUGACGGUCAAAUCAGCGGAAAGGAAAUCGAUUCUCUACUCGAGUAUCUUUGUUCUCAUGGGUAUGGAAAAUAA